AUGAAGCAGCCUCUGGGAUCCGAACAAGGCUCUCCCAACCUUGUUUGCAAAUUAAACGAGUCACUCUAUGGUUUGAAACAAGCUUCAAGAGCUUGGUUUUUCACAGUACACUCAGUUCUGAUCUCUCUUGGUUUCUCACAAUCUAAGGCAGAUGCCUCCUUCUUUCACAAGUCUUCAAAUGACAAAGUGAUCUACCUUUUAAUCUAUGUUGAUGAUAUAUUAAUCACUGGGAAUUCUCCUUCACGCAUACAAGAUGUCAUUGACAAAAUGAGCUCUCAUUUUUCUUUAAAGAAUCUAGGCGAGGUGCAGACGUUCUUGGGAAUUGAAGUGAGCAAAACUGAUCAAGGGAUUCACCUUAAUCAGUCAACAUAUAUAAAAGAGCUCUUGUCCAAACUCAACAUGCAAGAUGCCAAAGGAAUAUCCACUCCCACGAUUUCCUCUCCUCAUCUCAGCAAGUCAGAUGGCAAUUUCAUUCCCGGCGGGAAACUCUACAGAAGCACAGUAGGCGCCCUGCAAUAUGUCAGAAUUUCUCGUCCUGAAAUAAGUUAUUCUGUCAACAAAGUGAGCCAAUACAUGGCCUCUCCUCUUGACACUCAUUGGAAGGCUGUGAAACGCAUUCUCCGCUAUCUGGUUGGCACAAUUGACUUCAGUCUUCACAUUCGUCGCUCGAAUAACAUGGUUAGUGCCUUUUGUGACUCAGAUUGGGCCUCGGAUCUUGAUGACAGGAAGUCAGUCACUGGAUAUUGCACUUUUCUUAGGUCUAAUCUUAUUUAUUGGUGCUCAAAGAAACAAUCUAUCAUAUCUCGCUCGAGCACUGAAGCUGAAUAUCGCAGCCUUGCUCAUGCUGCAUCUGAGGUCACUUGGAUCAUGUCUCUACUUUCUGAAAUUAACAUGCUGCCACCCAAACCACCCACCAUUUAG